GUCAAAAUCAAAACAAGAGAGAAUUCAAGUCGAAAUAAAGGCUAGUUACAUGCUCAACGGUGAGGAUCAAACCUAAAUCUCGAGGGUUUGGGACGAGCAUUUUACUAUCGGCUAGCGAAAGAACUUGUUGCCCCUCCGAAGAUUAGAACUUGCAAUUCUUUUUAAGUGGGCUACAUCUGAUGCUGUUAUUCGGAUCAGUUGUUUCAUGGUGUCACAUUUUCUGGGCUUUUCAACAAAACAUUUCAGCCCACAUGUAACAAACUAUAAACCCGCUACAAUUGUUAGAUGAUUGGUAGUUAGGAAAUGGAGGGUAAUCUUGUAAUUUCGUAGAGGUAGUUUAGUUAUCUAAGAUUAAUUGUACUUAGUUGCCAGCUAAUAUAGAAUUAGUUAGGCUGAAAGCCUUAUCAUAUUCUCUUCUUCCCCGAUUCCCCUGCGUUUUCUGCUUCUUCAUUCAGUUCGCGUGAGUUAUUCUCAACGACGGCAUUGUGAGAAGAGAACAUAAAGAAAAUGAGUGGCCAAAUUCCUCCACCGCAAUACGGUGCCGCUACGCCGGAAGAUGACGGAAAUCCCCUCACCGCAACCACCAACGCCCUCCCAAGCGCCGGGGUAGCUCCACGGAAAAGGGCUGCAGGAGUCGGACCCUGGCUGUUACUGGAUUCUUCGGGUCAAACCCAAGUGUUUGAAGCCGGAAAACAGGCCAUCAUGCGUCGGACUGGAGUUCCGGCCCGAGACCUUCGAAUCCUGGAUCCGCAGCUCUCGUAUCCAUCCAGCAUAUUGGGCAGAGAAAAGGCCAUAGUCAUCAAUCUUGAGCACAUCAAGGCCAUCGUCACCGCCCAAGAAGUUAUCCUCCUCAAUUCCGACCCAUCCGUCAAUCAAUUCGUCGAGGAGCUCCAAAACAGGAUACUAGAUAGGCCUAAUCUGUUACUUCCCUUCGAGUUUGUCGUUUUGGAGUCGUCCCUUGAAGCCGUUUGUAGCGUAAUGGAAAACAAAUCAAAGACAUUGGAGCAAGAAACUCGUUUCGCUCUGGAUAGAUUGACAACGAAAAUCGAUACCCUGAAUUUGGAAACUGUUCGACGAAUUAAAAGUCGAUUGGCUGAUAUAACUGGAGGAGUACAGAAGGUAAGGGAUGAAUUAGAACACCUUCUGGAUGAUGAUGAUGAUAUGGCAAAGACUUAUCUCACUCAGAAGUUGGAAUCAAAUCUACUUGAUGAUGAAGAAGAUAACCCGGAUUGCGAAAUCAAUAAUGUUGGGAGGAAGCAAGUUGAUGUGAAAGAGCUGGAGAUGCUUUUGGAAGCGUAUUUUGUUCGGAUUGAUGGCACACUGAACGACCUCUUCACGCUGAGGGAAUCUGUGGAUGACACUGAAGAUUACAUCAAUGUAAUGCUGGCUGAUAAACAGAACCAUCUGCUUCAAAUGGGUGUUUUGUUGACAAUGGCGACGCUUCUUCUGAGUGCAUUUGUGGUGGUGGCGGGUGUCUUUGGUAUGAACAUCAGCAUUGAAUUGUUCGACCCGAAGUUCGCCGGCUACCCGGAAUUUCUCUGGACCGUGGGUGGUAGUACCGCCGGUUGCGUCGUCCUUUAUGUGGCUGCGGUUGCGUGGUGCAAGUAUAAACGCUUGCUGGGUUAACCAAACCAAUUAACCGGACUGGCACCAUUUCGGGAAAAGUUAGAAAAAAAAAGAAGAAAAGUAUGGCCCCCGCCCCCGAGAUGAAGUGUUACGGUAGAAUUAUAUAUGAUGAAAGUGUAAUAGGGGGCGUAGGAGUAUUCUCGUGUCAUAAUAAGGAGGUUCUAAUUUGAUCAAGGGUUAUGUUCCCUGCCUGAUCAUUUGAUACAAGUAUAAUUUGUGCGGCCUAUUUUCAUUUUUUUGUACCUUCUCUUGUCCAGAUGGAUAGUUAUAACUUGAUCAAAGGUUCACAAUUCGAAUCAACACAGUAGUGUAUACAAG